CAUUUCCUACCUUCAAUAUGAUAUAUCAGGGGAUCAUCAGACACUAAGUUUCAUCACUACUCAUUCUCCAAAAUGGCUAUCCCAAAAGUGAGAAAUAUACUACUACUAAGCCUAGCCCUGUUGGCAACUCUAGGUACUGCAAGUGUGAUGGCUCAAACACAGUGUGGAUCCAAGACAUGUGCCCCUGGCCAGUGUUGCAGCAAAUUCGACUUCUGCGGCACAGGGAACGACUAUUGCGGUGCAAAUUGCAAAGCAGGCCCUUGCACAACAAAUGGUGUUUCAGUGGCCAACAUUGUGACAGAUCAAUUUUUCAGUGGGAUAAAGAGCAAGGCUGCUGCUCCAACCUGUCCCAACCAGAACUUCUACACUCGUCAAACUUUUCUCAGUGCUCUAAGCUCAUACCCUCGUUUCGCCACAACCGGCUCUGUCGAUGACUCCAAACGUGAGAUUGCAGCUUUCUUUGCUCAUGUCACUCAUGAGACUGGAUAUUUUUGCUUUAAGGAAGAGACUGGAAACCAAAAUGAAAGGUACUGUGAUCCGAGUUAUAAACAGUAUCCAUGCAAUCCCAAUAAGAGAUACAAUGGGCGUGGUCCACUCCAACUGACAUGGAACUACAACUAUGGAGGAGCUGGGAAAGCCAACAACUUUGAUGGGUUAAAUUCCCCUGAAACAGUGACCAACGACCCUCUUAUUUCGUUUAAAGUUGCUUUGUGGUACUGGAUGGAGAAUGUUAGUCCUGUCCUCAGCCAAGGCUUUGGAGCAACCAUUCAAAAAGUUAAUGGAGAUGUUGAAUGUGGUGGUAAAAGGCGUGAUUUAGUUCAAGCUCGUGUCGACUUGUACCGCAGCUAUUGCCAGCAAUUCGGUGUUGCUCCUGGAAAUAAUCUAUUCUGCUAGGAUCUCCUUGCUAAAUAAAGAAGGGAAACUAAAAAAAGCUUCAACAUGCUUCAAGUCUUUUAGUAUAACUUAUUGUUAUCUUUGUAUUCCUUCCUAUGAUCAGCUACUAGUACUGGUCACUUCUAUCUACCUAAAGAGAGAAAUAAAGAGCUUAAUUAUGUUCUCACUA